CGUGGUGAUGUGGACCAGACAAGAGUAGCCGAGCGCAGACACCAUCCCCUAUCCCCAAUGUGUAUAUUUUUUUAAUACUUUGUGAGGGAAAACUGUCACCCAUAUCCAAAGUGCAGGACCAAAGAGAAGUAAAUAAUGUAUGCUUUUGUUAGAUUCUUUGAAGACGAUAUGUGCUACGCGUUACCUAUUUCAAAUGUCGAAGAUUUUAGACCUCUGCAGAAAACAGAUUUUGAUAAUCAGAAGGUGUAUCUGGUUCACAGAACUGGAGAGAAUGGCAGCGCAGGCCAGCCGUGCGAAGCACAGAUCCUUGCCCUUGCAGAUACAGUAGAGGAAUUUGAAGACAGUAUAAUGCAAAAGAAGAUGAAAAUUCCCAAGAUGUCCAUCAAGAAUUCAGGAAAUUCUAUUGAGAACAAUUAUGGAAAAGAGCGAAUGCCACUGAGACAUAAGAAGGCCCUGUCUCAGGACCAUGGGCGUCCCCUUUCUAACUCCUCCAAGAGCCUGGCAGCAGUAGUGGCCCGUCUGGAGAGAAAUGCGGCCAGCUCAUGUCUGGAGGGUGAGGAGGACUUGGAUGAGGACCGGCUGGCAGAGGAGGGAGAGGAUGCAGACGACGAAGCCGUGGUUCCUAGAGUCUUGUAUGAAGAGCUAGUUCACAGCUACAGGCAACAGGAGGAGGAGAUGAGGAGGCUGCAGCAGGAGCUGGAGAGAACCCGGAGGCAGCUAGUGCAGCAGGCCAAGAAGCUGAAAGAAUAUGGCAACUUGUUGACAGAAGUCAAAGAACUGAGGGACUUCAACAGGAGGCUGCAAGAUGUACUUCUCAUGAGACUGGGCAGCGAGCCUAUGCAUGACAGUGGCACUCAGACAAUCAAGGCUGAAGUGGUUGAACCAAUUGUUGAGGCUCAGGAGACAUGCAGAGAAGAAGCCAACACCAGUUCCAGCUACUCGCCCUCACCCAGAACAGUAUACACGUGCAAUGAUGGGAAGGUACAUCUCGGUGGUGGGAUUUGGGUGGAGGAAGAGAAGUGGCACCAGCUGCAGCGGACCCAGGGAGACUCCAAGUUCACAAAGAACCUGGCUGUAAUGAUCUGGGGUACAGAAACUCUCAAAAACCGUAGUGUCACAGGAGUGGCCACCAAAAAGAAGAAAGACGCCCUGCCCAAACCCCCACUGUCACCCAGCAAGCUGAAAAUUGUCCGAGAGUGUCUCUACGACAGAGUGUCUCAAGAGACAGCCGACAGUGCAGAGAUUACACAGAGAUUGUCCAAAGUGAACAAAUACAUUUGUGAAAAGAUAAUGGAUAUCAACAAGUCCAUCAAGAAUGAGGAGCGGCGGGAGUCCAAGCUGCUCAUCAGACAGACAGUCAAGAUGGAGAACUUCACCUAUGAUGGCAUGUAGUGAUCAAUUCUUGUCACGCCAGCGCCUUCUGCCGCCUCCCCGUGGUCUGCAGGAUAUUGAGGGGACUCGAUAUGGUGGUUGGGGGAUGUUUGUCACAGUAUCAGCAGCAGUUUUUUUUUGUUGACACAUUGGAUUUGUUAUUAUGUGAAAUGUUGAAAUAAACAAACCCCUUCCUGGCUCCUUAUAGAACAACCAUCACCUUCCUCGGUGCCCAGUUUCCUCAUUGGCUGGCAGACAGCUUUACCCACUAGUCAGAAGGUGAACACAUGUGAGGUAGUUUGAAAUGAGCUUGUGUGGGUGUUUUUAUAAGCUUUGCUGUGGAACUGGUACAGAGACGUGGUUUAUUGAGGUGUGCAUUUUUGUCAGAUUAGAUGUGAUUGUUAAAUUAAUUUAUUGUUCUGUGUCAGAACAUCAUUUUGAGUCCUUAAACUUUUAAAAAGUAAGAAGAGAUUAUUUCCAUAGACGAUGUCUUCUGCUAAAGAUGAUGGCGCUAGCUUGCAUUAGACUUUAGAUGUGUGAACAGCUGGAUGUUUUGGUGACUACCCAAUAACUGCUGUGGUUAGUGAGUGUUUGUGUUGGUACUUACUAGAAUGGGACAUCGGUGUCUCAAAUGCACAAGUCUUAAUUGGUAACAGCCAUAUUGCAUAUUACAACAGAGAUUCUGUUGCUCCAAGAGAUUGAGUGUGUGCUCACCCUUAAGUGUAGGCCAGUACCAACACGUCACUGUAUUAAAAAGAGGUCUUACAGAGGUGAGUAAUGUAGAGUGCUAUAUUUUUGUUUGUUUGUUUGUUUUUUUUAUUUAGUUAUGAAUAUUUGUCAUUAGUGGGAGAACACAUGCAAAGGUUUUGAUGGGAUAUUCCUCUGUUACUCUUAACCAAAUGUGUCACUUUCAGACAGUCUUGUUGGCUUUAAAUGGAUUCGGCAAUCAUCAGGGACUGAAAUCACCAUGAGUUUUCUAGUAAGCUGUGAUUGUAAAUGUAUAGUAAGCUGAGGCAGUAAUGCUUCACCUGCACUUUGCUGUGAGAAUGUAAUAGGCUAGGUACUAUUUUCUGUGUGAUUCACAACAUUAAACUGAGCUGAGCUGGGUUACUUUCUAUCCCCCCUUCCUGUUAAAAGAUGCUGGGCUGAACAGAACAAUGUGUCGACGAGAAUCAGGACACAGCUCUGUACGGUUCAGGUCAUCUUCUCAUGAAAGCAGUGUUAGCUGUGGGUAAAGCUGUCUGAAAUACUAUUGUGCCGUUGAAGUCGUCUGGGCCCACUGAGCCCCAUAAUAACCCCCUCUUUUUUAAGCCACACUACUGGGGAACAAAGUAAGGUCACUCCAGCUACGCCAUCAGAACUUUAAAAUGGUCCUGUUUUUUUGUUUGUUUGUUUGUUUGUUUGUUUUUCAGGGGGUGGGGUGUUGUAUGUUGUUUUUUUUUCUUUCCAGUCUUAUUGUUUUGAUCCAAAAUGGUUUGUGUGGCUGUCUGCAGGCUGGAACUAAUUGCUGCAGAUUGAAAUCUCAACUGUGACCUAGCUGUGGCUAACUGUGAAUCUACUGCAGAGCUGCCCAUCAAGCCUUUUUCCUCUUCACGCUCUAGUUUCUUGUUUGUCGGUUGGUUUAUUUCUCUCUAUCAUUUUGUCUGUCUUGAUUUUUUGUUAUGUUUUUUUUGUUUGUUUUGUUUUGUUAUUUCUGAAAGGUCAGAUCAGCCUUUUGUUAAGCUACUUUGUUUUGGAAAUAUUUCAGUGUACAUAAAAUUCAUAUAUUUUUCUUUUUCAUCUAACAGUUAUUUCAGUUUCAUGUUACAGUUUUAAGAGUUGUGGUCAAGUUUUGGUUUGUCUAAUUGAUGUUGUAAUUCCACAUUACCUGAUUAGCUCUUGUUUUUCUUUUCUUUUUUUUUUUAUACACUUUUUUGUUUUUCAUAUGAAUUGUUGGCUUAAAACUUGAUAUUGUGUCCAAAUGUAGAUCAGUGGAAUCUACAAACAAAAGAAAUCUCCUGUUCUUAGCCAAAGUGAUCUCUGGAGAAGAGGAAAGUCAAGGCUUCCCUUAAAGUAUCAGAUUUUGACAGAGCCCAAACAUUAAGCUACAUUCACAACAUGUGAUAUUUAAUGAGCCUCACAUAAAAUCUACCUUCUGAUAAUCUAAGAUGAGAAACUGUAUUGAUAAACCGUUGUACUCUAGCAACUGAGAUGCUGUAUUUAGAUCACAUCAUUUACAUUGAAUGCACUUUAAACUUCUGGGCAAUUUCUUCAAUCUUAAGGAAAUGUAUUUGUGGUAUUUGUCCUUUUUAAAAUGUCUAUAUAGAUUAAGGCCUAACAAACAUUGUAUUAUUGUGAAGCACCUUAGAACAAUUUGCUUUUUUGUUUUUGUCAAAAAUGAGUUAUGGGAUAUAGUUUUGUUUUUAUCAAUCAGAUAUCCCCCUGACAUGCUAAUGCUCCACAUCAAGCUUGAUAGAUUUAAUACUUCUAAAAUUAAUUCUGAAAUGAUAUUGAGUACUUGGGAAAACUAGAUUUCCACAAGCUAAAUUAUAUAGAAAGUGAAUUAUAUAGUGCCUCCAUCCUGGCCUCAUGAACAAUAAAUUGCUUACUUGGCAAACUGACAAGUGAAAGUCAACAACUAUUCUUUCAGCUUAUUUGGUUUUCAACUGUGAAACUUUUCACCAAUCUAAAAAUAUAUAUAUAUAUAUAUAAUACCUACAAAAAUGUGCAAGCUGACUUGAAUAUGUGCUUUAACUUGAUGCUCCAAGAUACUGGUUAUGUGUCAGAGAUAACUGUGUACUUUUACAAAUGAACUGUGUACUUUUACAAAUGGUAGUUGGAAUUGUAAACCAAAGUAUUGAAUGCUGUGUUCAAGCUAAAGAAAGGGGACUGAUGAUGACUGAGGCAUCAGCAGAGUUUGCACAAAAAAGGGCCCAUGCCGAGGUAACAGAGCUUAGUGAAUCUUGGGCCACCAAAGUGGUGACAUAUUAUUGAUAUGUUUGUGAGUUACUAAAACAAUUCGAUUUUUACAGUGUCUUUCAGUUUUGUUUUGUUUCCCUGUACAGAGCAACAUUUAAGGUUUAUGUGAGCUAGCAUGUAUCUAAUAUACAUGCAGUUUCAAAGAAAGAAAGAAAGAAAGAAAAAGAUUUAUGCUGUGCAAAGCAACCUUGGUGAAAUUCUGACACAUUGUUGUGUAUUGUGUUUGUUUCUUUGAUGUUUGAUGCCAAAAGGGGGUGUGGUUAAAAAUACUGUUUUAAGAUAGAGCAUUAAUAGAGGUAUUACAUCAUCUGAAGCGUUGUUUUCAAAGACUGGUUUCUUGGAGUGUGAUUAAGCCUAAUCCUUGAACUAAAACUAUCUUUAGUGGAUGACAGCUUAAUGGAAGUACUGUAUGAUUUUAAGCCAGUUUUUGCUUAAUCUGUGAUGGCAAGUCACUCACAGAGGAGUGGUUUGUGUUUUUGCAGCAUAUUAGUAAUAUACCCUAGUAUAUGAUGUGGUAGAUCCGUCAAGGAUACUAUAGGCUAGUCUGACUCGAACACAACGCCAGGCCUUCCGGUACCAACACUGUCUCACACUCAAGUAGCGAUAGAAAGGAAAUGCAGCCUCCAUGGCUCUGUGAUCCUUUUUCUGUGCCAUCUUUAAUUCCUUACUCUCCUGACAUUUAUAUGGACUGGCUUUAAAAAUGCACACGUAUCAAGAUAAUGGCAAAUCCUGUCCUCCUCGCUUGGUGGUUUGGCUUAUGUUGAGAACACCUUUCAAAGCUUCAGAAGUGAGGGAGGUUUAUGUUGCUUUCUGACAGUUUGAUUGGGGAAAAGAGAUCAGUUUCUGGUCUCACUGUGUGGAACAAGAUAAAUGGUUUCAAAUCGCAGUUUUCACAGCUAAGUGUACACAAAACACAUUACUAUUUGAGCCUCAGAUACAAUGUCAGACUUCAAAUGAGACAAACAGGAGGUAAACUUUGUUAGGCCUAUAUUUUUCUUAAGAUAUCAGUAACUUUGUACACAAUCCACAAACCAGUUCUACUUCAUCUAACUUCACCGUCCUACCUCAUUGUUACUCUGGUGUUUGUUUGUCAGUGACUGUAAACUAUGUGUGUAUAUUAAAUCUAUAGGAAAAGGUAUACCUGGUUACUCUCAACAUGUACAGCGUAUAGAACUUGUUAAACACCUCAGUACACAAAUGUCAUUCUUAAGAGAAAUCAGUUUUAUUACCUGCUUAAAGAUGCUGCUGUAAAGAGGUGUCUGUGUGAGGGGUCGUCUCUGAAUAUAUACCUUUGCUCUUUGCUAUGUCGUGCAGUUGGUCAGUGGUUGUGUUCUGUCUCUGUAUUGCAUUCUGAGAUUUUUACUGGUUGACGGUGCUACCAGCAAACAGUUUAAAACUGAUCUAUCGGACCUCAAAUGGUGCUGUUUUUCUAUGUUUUUAUUCUCAUACAGCUGUGUUUUAUUCAGGUGUGUCACUCUCCCCUCAGCUAAUCAAAUUUUAAGCCAAAAUAUUUCACAAAACCGAUAACCCUGCUAUUACUCUAUCAAUAUGCUAUCCAUCCAAAUAUUGUAGGUAGUGGUUAUAUCCUCAGCUGUGAGUUUCAGAAGUACCUCAGAAGUUGGAUGCAUCUGCUUCUAGCACCCGUUGUCUACCAAGAUUACGUUGUUACAGUGUAUUUUAGAAAUAUGCAUUUUUAACAGUUAGAUCAGGUUGAAAUACAUAUACAUAUUGCUAGCUCGCAUUCAGAUGACCGUUGAAUUUUAAUGAUACCACUGUUCACUGGUUGCGUGCCAGGUUGUGUUAAAGGAAAACGUUUAGAUUUGGAUUAGGAAGUGUAUGUUACAGUAGAAGAAGUCCUCAGCAAGCAAAACAUGUUCUGCUUGGGUUUUAUGGAAAAGAGAUCCCAUUGGUAGGUGUAGUUUAUGG